GCCCUACCCGACAGCGUAGACUGGAGGUCCAAGAAUGUGGUCACACAUGUCAAGGAUCAGGGACAGUGCGGUUCGUGUUUUGCAUUCUGUGCCGUCGAUUCAAUUGAAAUGAACUAUUCAAUCAAAUCAUACAAUACUAAUACAAGCGCCCGACCCAUAGGUCAAUACGCCAUCGCCACCGGAAAGCUGGUAGAGUUGGCGCCCUCACAGAUCGUCGACUGCAUCCACUCCGGCGGUGAUGUCUGCCAAACAGGUUGCGAUCCGGUGGGUGCUAUUGAGUUGGUCAUCAAAGAGGGUGGCAUUGGAAAGGAGUCGGACUACCCAUACCACGCCCGUAUGGCCACCUGCCAGUUCACCAAGAGCAAAAAGGCCGUAUCGGUCACCGGCACCCACACCCUCCAGACCGGUCAGGAGUCGUCCAUCCAGAACGCCGUGGGAAGUGUGGGACCGGUAGCCGUGGCCAUCGAUGCCGGGCACCAGAGCUUCCAGCACUACAAAUCGGGUGUAUAUGUGGAGCCCCAAUGUAGCUCAACCAAACUCAAUCAUGGGGUGUCGGCUGUGGGCUAUGGCUCAGAGGGUGGACAGGACUACUGGCUCAUCAAGAACUCGUGGGGAACCACCUUUGGUAUCCAG